CCAAGCCCACCAGCUUUCCCUGUCUGGAUUAAGGUUGGUUUGGUAAUAGUCGGAGUGCUAACAAUAUUCGGCAACGGGCUUGUGAUAUAUUUAAUUGCUACAAGACAUCGCUUACGUACCAAAACGAAUUUCAUGGUCGUUUCUCUAGCCGUAUCAGAUCUUUUGGUAGGAACAUGCAUAAUUCCAUCGUUUUUGGCGUGCAUGUACGUCACAUGUGACAAUCUUCUUGCAAAACUGUUCUACGAUGCGUUCCUGUUUGUAUCUGUCUGCAACCUCUGUUGCAUAACGUUCGAUAGGUUUUUAGCAGUUACAAGACCACUCAGGUACCACAUGAAAAUCACUCGUAAAUCUGUUAUAGCUAUGAUUAUGUUUAGUUGGAUCGUACCAAGUAUUGCAUCCCUAGUUCCUGUGGCAUGGCUCUAUACGGACACAAGCAUCGAAAAUCAAAUGGAAGAUAACAAGAUCUUCUACACCUUACAAGUUGUAUUAUUCAUGUUCUUUCCCUGUCUUAUAAUGUUGAUCGCAUAUGUGGUCAUUUUUAACAUUGCCUGGAAACAAACGCGACAUAUGAGACAAGUGAUGCGAAGUGUCAGCAAUGUUGGUACAGGACCAAGGUCGAACUCAAUUCCAACCUCAUCUACAAGGGAAGCAAAAGCAACCUUGAAAGUAUUUGGUACCGUUGUGGUAAUGUUUGUUGUCUGUUGGAGUCUUUCGGCAUACAGAACCAUUGUAACACAGUACCAACUCAUGGACGUCCCUUGGGAUUUGACAAACGCCUCAAGGCUGCUGCUAGUAGCGAACAGCGCAAUAAAUCCAAUCAUUUAUGCACUAUGGAAAAAAGACGUAAAAAACGAGAUACGAAAACUCCUGAAACUUAACUCACAACUCGUGAGGCCUUCGUCGGCUACAUUCAGAUCUAGCCAAGACCUAAGUAGGUUCGACUCUACUUCAUCCAUGGCUGAGCAAAGACGAAGCCGCGCUAACUCAACACAAGAGCCUGCUUCAGUGGAAAAGGAAAAGAAAAAACUCCAGAGGCCUAAAGAUAAGCAACCGAAAAACGGUGUGAUCCCCCACGGUCUAACAAGAGUUGAAAGUGUACAAAUCAAAACAGUUGAAGACAAGGCUACCUCGACAAGACCUGGUGGCCCCAUGACCCUCGGAAUUGACAACUUGGCUGCUCACGUUGACGGAAUGGUGUGAGGAGUCUAUUUCAAUUUUCAAGCACUAAAAUCUAAGGUACUUGCUUGGAUAUAUCCCGGCAGUUAAACAACGUCGGAUUAUGGAAGAUCGGAUAUGGUGGUGAAACACUAGAACAAGUGAAGAUGCAUGAAUUCCUGUCGAUGUAAAACAUAUAAUCAAAUGGCCUGAAAUGGGAAUUCGCAUGAACCGGACGUGUGCUAUUGUUUAAACAGUGUAGGCCCCGUUAAAUACAUGCACAGAGCACAAAUAUCAAUAAUCCAAUUCACAAUUGGGGGUACUCAACUGAAUUCAGCAGACAAUUCCAGAAAUGGACAAAAAUAGAAUGCACAUUUAAGAAAAAAAACACUCUAGCUCGAAACUACAGUUCGGUUUCUCGACCGCUCAUUCCACCACUAUCUUUCCACAAUUAAAUUGUGGUAAGAAAUUCCGCGAACCUGGACUGUGAUUAUUUAAUCAACUGUGGUCAGUAUACUUAUGGUUUAACUAAUUUUAUACAACCAGCCACUGGGCAUCGAGUCGAAAACUUAUAUAUUUUUUUCUAUUCGAAAACGGAUAGAAUCUUUAUGUAUAAAUAGUGUAAUUAUAGUCAUUCAAAACUCGGUUCACUAAAUUUAGGCACAUACUGUAUUCGAGUAUAGGUGCACGAAGAAGCUCCAGCUGUGUAUAAUUAUAGGAAUAUUUUUACUAUCAAUUAUUUCUUUAUCCAAUAAUAAAGGGAUCGAAAUGUUCACCGUAUUCUUCCCAUUUUGUCGCCCUCUUAAACAUUUAUCAUGCCCAUGCACCUGGCCUCUAUAGUAAUUUAAUAUGCGCCCUUCAUUGGAGUUUUCAUAGUCUCGUGUCUGAUAAUUAAGGACGAUUAUUUCCUUGAGACUGAGGUGUUACUGUCUUAUUUUCUUCAUAUUUGGCUGUUGAGCAUGUUUAUGACGCAGAAAUUGUAAUAUUCAGUAUUUGUUUACAUAUACUAAUAUAUCAAUGAUACCAAAUGGAUGCAUAAUAUAGCUAUAUACUAAUAUAUAAUUGAGAGAAAUAGCUUCACAGGGACUUAAUGGAGAGAAUACGGUACAUCUACGAUUCUUAUUAUCUAAAGAUAUAAGAAUGACAAUUGAAAAUUGUUAAUUCAUCUUGGAUUCUGAGUUUUCACCCGUACAAAUUAAAAUUAUAAUAUCAUCGUUAUAUAACUUGGAUUUAUGUAUAUCAUAUAGCAUGCAGCAUCCUGAAGCAUCUUUCUGUUCCUUACAAAAUCAAUUUCUAGCUCCCUUAAUCAAAACUGUGUGCGAAGCGAGAUUUUUGUACCGAUGCAACUAACCAGAUUACGUUAUAUAUAGCUAUCAUCCACGAUGUCAGUAAAAAGUGUUGAAUGUAAAAUAUCUAUAUUGCACGAAAACCUUCCUAAUUUAUGAAAGACUUUUUUUGCAUAAAAUAUUUUAUGAAUGUUUGUUGAAAUGUCAAGAUAAACGAAAGCUUCGUAUUAAACAUUAUCGAAUCUCUCGAACUGGUAGUGAACUCACGACAGCAUGUGUUAAUAUUAUCAGUAACAUAACAAGUGUUCUUAGUCUAGCUUGUAGUUGUAUCCGAACCACUGGCGACAGGUUGCAUGCAGGCCAGUGAUCAUUGUGCUCUUCUUACUGCCUGCAGGGACAAAGAAUAUAUUAGUAUAGGAUAAGUUUUUCAAUGAUUCUCCUGUGAGGCCUUGCACGA